UCUCAACGGGGGGAGAAUGUUACGCCAUGCGGCUUACCAUAGGUCAUAUUCUUAACUAUCGAUCGCGGCACUAUAAUGUCGCAGACGGAUCGUCGCGUCUGCCCGGCAAACAAACAUUGUAGUGGCAAGCGCAUGGUUCAUUAAGCAGGGCGACUUCCAGAAACGUCGACUCGUGGCCCGUAUUUUACCUCGCAGUAAAAGAAUGUGGCGUGAUCCGAACGUAGUGGGGGUCGCCUUCCAGAAAAAACGAAAAAAAUCGAAAGGCGUUCAGAACUUUUCGAGAAGUCGAACCGUCAACACAUGUGGCGCUUGGCCAUGGAUCGUUGCAUUAGGUUUUCGUAAUCCCCGAAACCCAGACAAACCACUAUGGAAGUGCGGAGGUUCCCUGAUAUCGGCUAGGCAUGUUUUGACCGCAGCACAUUGUGCACAUAUGGAUGGAAUAGAAAACAUACACAAUCAUAAUAUUGCCAUUCUUAGAUUGGUGGAGGAGGUGCCAUUUUCGAGGUACGUAUAUCCCAUUUGUACGAAAGAGCUCCUGCGAAAGAGCAACUUCGUCGGCUAUAACCCCCUUGUUGCUGGAUGGGGAGCAUUAAGAUAUAGACGACCACGACGUAAUGCAUUAAUGGAAGUACAAAUGCCAGUGAUUAAGAACGCCGAAUGCAAAAUAGCUUAUUCCAAAUUUCCUAAUGCACCUGAUGUCACUGAUGGUAUAAUAUGCGCCGAACGUGCUCAGGGUGGAAAGGAUUCUUGUACGGCUGACCGCGGCGGACCACUGCUGAUACAACAUGAAUUAACCUCGUAUUUAAUAGGUAUUGUGUCUUAUGCUUAUAAGUGCGGCACAGCUGGGUAUCCCAGCGUUUACACUAGGGUCACAUCGUACCUUGACUUCAUUCUCCAAGCGAUGCAAUAAUAUGAUAUUACUGUUCCAUAAAUAUCAUUGUGUAAAAAACGUAAAGUUGGAUUUUCUUAUUGUGGAGAUAAGAAACAGCUCAAAUUUACAUUGUUUUGUACGUUACAAAUUAUAGGCUUAAAAUGUACGAAAUGUAACUUUGAAACGACACUAAUUUUUUACGCACGAUAAACCUCCACGACUUAGAUUAUAGAUUCCUAUACGACUCUCAGUAAAAAUUUAUCCGCACUCCAGAUAGUUAAAACUUCUGUCGACCGUAUUGAUCCAUCUGCACUCUUCGUAUGACGUCAAUAUCUGUUCAGUGCUGCUGCGCAGGUUUCUUUGUGUUACGUCAAUUCGUUUGUGACCGUUGCGCGAGUAAUGGCGCUUUGCAAUGGUGAUUUGCAGGAAAACAGUGCAGAAUGCUGUGAUUCGUUUCUUGUGGUCGGAGGUUAUGUUUGAUGCCUAUAUUUAUCAAAGAUUUAAUGCACAUUAUGGAGAAAGUGUUUUGUCACGAAGUGUGUUUGAAUGGGCACAAAGGUUCAAAGAAGAUCGCACAAGUGUUAUGAAAAAACAGGUGGACGCCCGUCCACAUCCACGUUGACAACAUUGAACGUGUUCAUGAACUUAUGCUCUAUGGAAUAGGCGAGUGACACUGGAUAAUGUGGCAAAUCAUUUGCAAAUCAGCCACGGCUCUGCUUAUGCAAUAGUGCACGACAGAUUUGGGUUUUAAAAAGUUUGUGCGAGAUGGAUGCCGAAAAAGCUGAUGAAAAGGUGAAGACGACGAUGCAUUCGUGGUUCGCAGCUCAGCCCAAAACAUUUUUUAAUGAGAAAAUACGAAGGUCCUUCGGCAAAUGGACAAAGUGUAUACAGAAAUUGAGUGAUUAUGUCAAAAAAUGAUGUAUGUCUUUUUUGACAAUUGCUUAAAAUAAAUUCUACACCGACAGAGCGGGUAACUUUUUACUCACCCUCGCUGUUAAUCUAGAGGCUGGAGUACAAAGAAGUGGCACAAUGAUGUGGGCUGAUGACAUUUAUAAUUAUCAAGGAAUCACCCCUACAUUCGCUCAGAAUUUUAAUGAAACUGUCCCUUGGGAAGGAAGAACUGAUACCUUGAUAUCACGGUUUGUACAUCCUAUAUAUACGACAAAUUUUAGAACAUUAUAUAACGAAGAACCAGAUCGUCGUGGCCAUGUGAUGUGAAUAAAAGGACUUGAAUUUGAUGAUAUUUUUAUAAUGUUAGAUAACAUAACUAAGUAUCUUCACAGUAAGAUAGGAUGACAUGGUUUACAUGAUCUUAAUGUUGUUCACUUGAGUGAUGAUAUUAUAAGGAAAAGUGUAAUAUCACAGGAUAUUUAUGUUUAGUAACCAGUAAUUCAGAGAUUGGUAUUCAUGGUUACUAUAACGAGGCUGUAGAAACGCACCCUUUCUUCUUUGCAAAUGGUCCUGUAUUUAUGUCUAAGCCGAAACUGGAACCUCUGAAUAAUUUAGAUUUAUUCUUGUUAUUUUCUAAAAUACUUAUCUACAGUAUACCAUAAGGAAUGAUACCGUAUCGCACCUAAUCAAGUGCCUUAAGAAACAUCAACAGGAUAUCACAGUAAUCCCGUAUCGACUGAUAUUUGUAGCCACUACAAUAUCUAUGACACUGGUAGUAAUUAUGAGAACAAUAAUGAUGUGUUCUAUAAGAGGAAAUGAUGAUUAGGAACAAAAACUUACAGGUAAGUCAAAGUAUAUGUUAUUUGCCAUUUGAAAAGAAAGUUACUAACUUGGAAUUUUUUGAUAAAUAAUAAUUGUAUCAUACGUACUUUUGAAUUCGUGCAAGAACAUAUGUAAUUUUGAAGUAGUUAUUAUUAGGAAAUUGUUAGACGCGAACAGUAUGCGAAAAGUUAGUAUGCAGUGUAAUAAUUAUCAAUCAAAACACAAGAAUUAAAUUCUUGAGGAAAAAAUUUCCGGAAUUUCUUAUUUACAUGAUUAUAAAGAAAUCCAUAAUAAAAAGGAGCUGCUUUCUAA